CUCUAUCGGUUUCCCACAUUAUUUGUCUUCGUGAACAGAGGUUGCAAUACCGUAGCUUUUCAAAAAAUCUGGGCCCUUUUCURCCAACUCUCUCUCUGUACAGCAACACGACGGUCAAUCCAUCGCAAACGUCAACAAUGGCGAGAAUACGGAACAAGAGGCAACCYUUGUUGCCAUUCAAACCAGGGACAAUGACGACUGUCGCUCKAUCACCCAAGUGGCUGRUGUGCAUUUUUAUUAUGGCGUCGUAUUCGGAUUGGUUUCGGCCGCCCCUGUAUUGUCGAGCGCUGUCGUCUUCGUCAACACCUGCACUCGCCUACCCGACGACAACAUUGGCGUCCCUGGGAAAGUCACAACUCGCCGUAUUGGAUGGAGCAGAAUGGAAUUCUAUCCAAAACAUACUUCGAGAAGAUCGACGAUCAUCAUCGGCAUCCGCAAAUGACGAGCCUACGCCCUUGACAAAAUAUGGAUACAUGAAAGUAGUGACGGGAAGGGACGAAAACAACCGACGGGUCGUAGCGAUGCAAUCUAUGGGCAAUGAUGAUUCCCAAUCUUCUGCUUCUGUCUACGAAGACUCGGUAGCCGAAAUUCCAAACAAAGUGUCGGAUGCAGAUGCCAUCGCGACUUAUAUCGCCUCACUAUCUGCGGUUCAUUGCGCUUUGCCGCGAUUGCAAAACAUUGGAGGAGCCGAUAGCGACUCUUCGGCUUGGACCUCGAAGGGAAAGGCAGUUGUUCUUGGAUCGGGGGACCUGGCAUGCUUUUCUGCAGAAGGUUUGGCAAGUCUGGGACUGGAAGUAUAUCUUGUCAACAACAAAGGUAGUGGCAAUGUGCGGAAGAAUGUCGGCAAAUGUAAGUGGAAUAGGUAUAGCACUUGGGUUACCUUCGUUGUUAAAUUGGUCGCCGUAUUUUAUUCUGAAACCGACGACUUUUUACAACACAAAAUAUUGUCGAUAACUCGAGAGUUAUGUUUUAUUUUCUAACGCAAUUUUCUAACGUCAAAACCGACGAACUCAUCCGUUAAAAUAAAAAAUUGAAUGAUCUUUCUAUGAACCGGACAUGGAAAAUAACCAGUGCAAGUGAUCAAGCCAGAGGUGGGAGAUGAUGACUUAGGAUUUGCGUCUUAUUUGGGUGAAUUCGACAGCUUGGUGGACACAAUCGGCAACGAACGAACUUCUUUCACAGAGGAUGGUGAUGGCAUGUUKKCACUCGGAGAAUCCGUAUUGCAAAUGCUAAAGAGUCGCCAUAAAUGCUAUAAUUAUGURUCCACCCUCACGAAUUCCCAGGACAUCGUAGCGAGCGAUGGUCUCUUCGGUGGGCCCGGGAAAGCUGACGGAAACUGUGAAAAGGUCGGAAAUCUCUCCUUUUUGACAAGAAGUCGRGAUUGCCGAUCUAUUGAGCCUCCGAGAGACAUUGGUARUACAWUGGAAAAAUUAAUGAAAAAUGGAGUGAUUCUGAGUGAUAAACAAAGAAGUAAGGCAUGUUCGAAAAAGUCCGAUGCGAUUCGGGGCUGGUCGCUGUCCGAUUUUUGGGAGCAAAUGUCGUGGCCACGUGAUUCUUCUGGAAGCGGGACAACACGCUUUGGUCUCCCGGUCAGAGAUGACCCAGAUGAUGACGAACUYAUGAUUUCUGAAGCACCCUAUGAUCCCUCUCAAGCAUACAGAAAAGGCUACCGSGAUGACGAUAAUUAUGACGACGUUGGCGAGUUCGGAAAGUCUGCAACGCCAACUUCGCCAAAUCCUACCAACAGAGCGAUUCAGAAGAACCCCUAYGUUUUGGAUAUCAUGGAUAUCGACGGAUUGCAAAGCGAAGUARUCGGGCCYGGGAAAACCUGCAUCAUGUUCAUGAGUGCAAGAUUUUGCAAAACAUGUAAGACGAUAAAUCCCGCUUAUACRCGCAUGGCACGAAUUGGUGCAGAAAAUGGCAAUGCUGAAAAUUUCUCUUUUGUAAAAGCUGAGACUUCGGGUGCAUCAGGAAAAGAGCUUGCUGCGAAGUUGUCUGUGAAGGCGGUGCCCUCGUUUGUUUUUGUCCGCGAUGGUAAAAUAUUAGGCCAGACAUACGUUUCAAAGCUACCUUCCAAAAAGAUCCAACAAGCCGUUCAGAUCUUGACAACAGGUGCAGAUUGGGAUAAUGCACUGCUAGACGACAACAAAAAAUGAUCGAACAAAUCAAUCAUUCAUUCGAUCAUUCGACAGCUAAGUUGUGCUAGAGAGAUUCUYACCAACAGCAACGCUACAUUGUACAUAAGUCGUACUUAUCGAAACAUAYAUAUCUACGUGUAACCGUUAACAACUACAGUAAAUGAUUAUUUUGCUA